AAAGCGCGCCCUUCCCCCACACACUUUCCGCUUUCUCCACUGCGCAGGCGCGGAGAGGGAGCCAAGAUGGCGGCCCCCGUGGAUCUGGAGUUGAAGAAGGCCUUCACAGAGCUUCAAGCUAAAGUUAUUGACACUCAACAGAAGGUGAAGCUUGCAGAUAUACAGAUUGAACAGCUAAACAGAACGAAAAAGCAUGCCCAUCUUACAGAUACAGAGAUUAUGACUUUGGUAGACGAGACUAACAUGUAUGAAGGUGUAGGAAGAAUGUUUAUUCUUCAGUCCAAGGAGGUAAUUCACAGUCAGCUGUUAGAGAAACAGAAAAUAGCAGAGGAAAAAAUUAAAGAAUUGGAACAGAAAAAAUCCUACCUGGAGCGCAGCGUGAAGGAAGCUGAGGACAACAUCCGGGAGAUGCUGAUGGCACGAAGGGCACAGUAGGAAGCCUCUAGGGAAGCUUUCCCUCCUGACCCCUCCCAUUCCUGGCAAGGACAAG